CACCAAAAACCCAUUAUUAUGCCUUCUUUUUCAUUGUUGCCUCUCAGGUCCUCAAAAGUUAAAGCAACUGAUCAUUGAUUAGCUCAUCUGAUUAUUAAAUAAUCGACCACUAGUUUGGCGGGGACGCCAUGACUGUAGAGCUCCGAGACCCUUCGGUAAAGGCAGCAAAAGAGCAUCAGACAAGCUGUCUUUGCAAACUCUUGCCUUCAAACUCGAAACUUUAUAGUUUAAUUUUUCUCUCACAACUCACUAUUUUCCAUGGAUAUUGUCACUGCUGUUGGAGGCUCUAUCCUCUCUGUUUGCUUUCAGGGGCUUCUCGAUAGGUUGAAUUCCAUUGACUUGAUGAAAUAUGUAGGCCAAGGUCAAGUCUUGGCUGAACUCAAGAAGUGGGAAAAGAUUCUCAAGAGAAUUUAUGCGGUGCUUGAAGAUGCAGAGGAGAAGCAGACGGCAAAUCGAUUGGUGGAGAUCUGGUUAAGCGAUCUCAGAGACUUGGCUUACGACCUGGAGGAUAUCAUUGAUGAACUUGCCACGGAGUUUCGGCGACGCAAGUUGGAAGACAAACCUGUUCGUCCAAAUAAGGUGCACAAAUUUUUCUCUGUUAUGUGUGGUGGGGCGAAUCUUACUCUAAAUGCUAUUAAGUUCAAUGCUGAGAUGGUUGCCAAAAUAGAGGAAACUAGUGCUCGAUUAGAUGAGAUAAUAAAGCAGAAAGAUGAACUCCGUUUAGUAGAGUCUAUCAGAAGGAGGGUCAGCCAUGUGACAGAAAGACCACCCUCGACCUCUUUGGUUAAUGAAGCAAAGGUUUAUGGUAGGGAGGAAGAUAAGAAGGCGAUGUUGAAAUUGUUGAAUGCUGAGACAAGUGAUGCCCAGGUGUCUGUGAUUUCCAUAGUUGGGAUGGGAGGCCUUGGCAAGACAACUCUAGCUCAGCUAGUCUACAAUGACCCCACGUUGGAGCUUGAUUUGAAAGCCUGGGUUUCUGUUGGCGAAGGUUUUGAUGUUUUUAGGGUCACAAAAACAGUUCUUUUUCAAUUGGGUGAUGGUGGUGAUGAUAAUGAUUUAAAUUUGCUUCAGGUAAAAUUGAAGCAAAAGUUGUCUGGGAAGAAGUUUUUAGUUGUCCUAGAUGAUGUUUGGACUCAGAACUAUGAGCAAUGGACUCUGUUUUGGGGUCCUUUUGAAGCAGGGGCUCCUCAAAGCAGAGUUAUCGUCACGACUCGAAGUCAGGAUGUUUCAUUAAAGGUGGGUGCUACUCAAGCAUAUGCUCUUAACAAGCUGUCACACCAUGAAAGCAUGUCUGUGUUUGCCCAGCAUGCUUUGGGAGCAAAUAAUUUUGACAAGCACUUGAAGCUGAAAGAAAUGGGUGAAGGGAUUGUCAAACGAUGUGGAGGAUUACCUUUGGCAGCAAAAGCUCUUGGAGGCAUAUUAAGGGGUAAACCAAAUCCUAAUUUGUGGAAGGAAGUAUUGAGCAGUCAGAUAUGGGAGUUACCAGACAACGACAACAAUAUUCUUCCAGCCUUAAGGUUGAGUUAUCUUCAUCUUCCACCUCAUUUGAAGCAAUGUUUCUCUUAUUGUGCAAUACUACCAAAAGAUCGUGAGUUUGAUAGGAAUGAAUUGGUUUUGCUGUGGAUGGCUGAGGGUUUCUUGUAUGACCAGAAGAAAAUGAAGGAGAGUGAAGGUUUGGGUCAUAAAUAUUUCGAUGAUUUAUUAUCAAGAUCGUUUUUCCAACAAUCAAAUGAUAAUGAAUCAAAAUAUAUAAUGCACGACCUAAUCAUUGAUUUAGCUUGCUUUGUUAGCAGAGAAAUAUGUUUGCAUAUGGUUGAUAAGUUGGAUAAUGCAAAAUCAUAUGCAAAGAUUAGACAUUCUUCAUUUAUUCCUCAUUUUAUGAACACUUUACAAAGAUUUCAAAGCUUCUAUGAAAUGAAGAAUUUGCGGACAUUGUUAUCCCGGGGUCGUGAUGUGGGGAGAUGCUACCUAACUAGUAAGGUGGUGCAUGACUUGGUGCCAAAAUUAAAAUGCUUAAGGUCACUAUCUCUACCUCACCUUGUGAUUGAGGAGUUGCCGGAUUCUAUUGGUGACUUGAAACACUUGCGCUACCUCAACUUGUCUGUUACUUUAAUCAAAAGAUUGCCUGAAUCAGUGGAUAAACUCUUCAACUUGCAGACAUUAAAGUUGUUCGAUUGUUAUGAGCUUAUUGAGUUACCUAAAGGCAUUUGCAAUUUACUCAACUUGCUGCAUCUUGAUAUUAUUGGCACAACAAAAUUGAAAGAGAUGCCACCACAUAUUGGUAAUUUGACUAGUCUCUGCGUGUUGACCAAAUUUAUCGUGGGGAAAAGCAAUGGACGGAUCACAGAGCUGAAGAAACUUUGUGAUCUUCGAGGGCAGCUUCAUAUUACAAGUUUGGAGAAUGUCGAAGUGGAAGAUAUUGGAGAUGCGGCUUUUGCCAUUCUGAAGGAUAAGCCUGGUAUCACCGAGUUAUACUUGAAAUGGACUGAUGAAUUUUCUUAUGAUUCGAGAAACCCAAGUCAUGAAGAACAAGUUCUCAACUCAAUACGGCCACAUCAAAGUCUAUCAAGCCUAUCAAUUACAUCAUUUGGUGGGAGGAAAUUCCCAUUGUGGCUAGGUGAGCCUUCAUUCUCUGGCACGGUGCAGGUGGAGCUGAGCAACUGUCAUCAAAUUACUUCACUGCCACCACUCGGACGAUUAAAGUCAUUAAAAAGGUUGAGCAUAAAAGGCUUAAGUGGAGUGAAGGAAGUUGGUGUGGAGUUUUAUGGGGAUGAAUCAUGUUUUUCUUGUUUGGAAACGCUAGAGAUUGUUAAUAUGGGUGAGUGGGAGCAGUGGGCUUGGUCAAAUGGGCUGGAUGAAGAUUCUGUGGCAAAAUUUCCUAAGCUGCAAGAACUCCAUAUACAAAAUUGUUCCAAGUUGGUUGAAAAAUUGCCCAACUUCCUUCCUUCCCUGGAAAAACUUGUCAUUAUUAAUUGCCCGCUCUUGGUUGAAUUACCAAAAGUGCUCCCAUCACUUAUAACACUCAAUAUUAGAAGAUGUCAAGUAGCAUUUCUCAAGAGUGUGACUAAUGCCACCUGUCUUACUAGCCUAAAGCGUUUGGAAAUUGGAGGAUGUCAUGAGCUUGUGUCAUUGGUAGAUGGAGAGGAAGGGCUUUUGCCUUGCAACCUUGAAGUUUUGGACAUAGAUUUGUGUCCAAAUCUGAAGGAGUUACCAAGUGGACUGAAAGACCUCAAAUCUCUUGAAGAUUUGAAAAUAAGCCAAUGUAGGAGUUUAGUCUCCUUCCCAGUAGGGGGUUUGCCGCACAACUUGAUAUAUCUUAGCAUGAAUAACUGUGAAUCUUUGGAGUCUCUGCCGGAGGGAAUUGUGUGUCACAGUAAUUACAGUAGUGAGACGUCUCAUCUCGAGGAAUUGUGUAUCUUUGGAUGCGGAUCUCUCGAUUCUUCUUCAAAUGGAAAGUUUCCUGAUUCCCUCAAGACUCUUAACAUUUGCAACUGGACGACACAAUUAUUAAACUCGCUAUAUUAUGGGCUUUCUCAUCUUACAGAUUUACAAAUAUGGAACUGUCCUCAAUUAGAAUCGUUUCCUGGUAAGGAAUUGCCCAUCCCUUCUCUUGUCUCUUUAAAGAUCGCCGACUGUCAAGGAUUGAGGUCUCUAUCCAAUCAUAUGCAAAACUUCCAGAGUCUCCAAAAUUUAGAAAUAGGGGGCUGUCAUCAAUUAGAGUUGUUCCCAGAGAUGGGAUUGCCCAAUCCCAAGCUUGUCUAUUUUCAUAUUCAUCGGUGCAAAAAUUUGAGGUCUCUACCCAAUCAGAUGCAAAGCCUCACUUCCCUUCAAUCUAUCUCUGUGACUGAUUGUGGAGGAGGUAUAGAGUGCUCAAUAGAAUGUUUACCUCCAAACCUCACUAUGCUUUCCAUUGGUGCAUGCUUGAAUCUGAAACAGCCAAUGCCAGAGUGGGGACUCCACAGGCUCACCUCUCUUAGAAAAUUGACCAUUGGCAGCAUGAAGUCAACUGAAGAUAUUGUUUCCUUUCCAGAUGACGACGGCUUUCUGCUUCCUGCUUAUCUUACCCACCUCUUCAUUGCUGGAUUCAAGAAUCUAAAAUCCAUAUCCAUGGGCAUCCAAAACCUCACCUCUCUUAAAGAAUUAGAAAUUUGGUCGUGCCCAAAACUCCAGUCCUUCCCAGCUGAGGGCUUCCCUGCUACACUUGAAUGCCUAUCUAUUGGCAACUGCCCUCUGCUUCGAGACCGUUGCUUAAAAGAUAAAGGGGGAGACUACUGGCCUGUCAUCUCUCAUAUUCCCCGUGUUGAAAUUCACAAUUAAAAGAAUUCAACCACUUGAUUUGUCUUUAACAAGGUGUUAAUCUGUUACUGCACAUGGUUUCCUAUUUGAGUGCAUUAUGUGAGUAUCAAAUUCCUAACAGAAUUCAAUUCUACAUUUCUACUUGCGCAAUUUUCUUGUUUGUAAACUCUGUAGAGUGAUAGUCAUUUUGGAAGAAUCAAACUUGAGUAUGCAUGUGUUUACGUGUUUACUAA